AUGAUGGAGAAGAAUGAGACAAGACAUCUCACCUGUGAGGAAAUUGGGGUGACACCAGGGGGCUCAUUACUUCCAAAGACCAAACAGAAAGCAAAAAGAGGAAGAGAGCGUGAAUCUCACGAAGACAAAAAAUGGAAGAAGAAGAAAACUGAGAUUAACGAGAUUUCAGCCAUACAACAAGCACAAGAAGUCAUGGCACAGGUUCAACACAGACUUGAGGAGAAAAUCAAAAACAAUGCCAAGACCAACAAAGAAUUUAUGAACUUCAUCAGGGACAAUAUGGCAUAUGACAAUAUACAGAAAACCACUAUUGGUGUGUUUGGAAAGACGGGAGAUGGUAAAAGCUCCCUGAUAAAUGCCAUCCUAGAUGAGGAGGAGCUGUUACCGACAGGGACACUCGAUGCCUGUACAUCAGUCAUCAUACAAGUGGAGGCUGGGGCUGAGAAAGACCAGUACACAGCAACUAUUGAAUUCAUCUCAAAAGAGGCCUGGGAAAAUGAGCUAAAGAGCCUUCUAGAUUUUGUAGCAGAACGAAAUGAGAGGGAUGAAACCAUCUGCAAAAUGGCAGAAGACAAAAUCAAAGCACUGUAUGGAAAGAAUGCAACUGGAAAAAGCUUUGAUGAACUCAUGAAGGACGAUCGUUCACCAGUUAUUGCAGCCAUGCUCAGGUCAAAUACUAAAACCAUCUCAAGGUUUCAGGCAUCAGAUCUCUCUGAAGCAAUCAUGCCUUAUAUUCAACAUCAAGAGUCUGAUCUUGGGGGACUCUAUUGGCCAGUAGUGAAGACUGUGAGAAUCAAAGUGCCAGAUCACAAAGAGCUUCUACAGAACAUCGUGCUAGUUGAUCUCCCUGGAAAUGGAGACUGUAAUCAGACCAGAGACGAGAUGUGGAAAUCAAUGUUAAGGGAGUGCACAGCUGUUUGGGUUGUGAGUAAUAUCAAUCGAGCCGCAUCUGACAAGGCAGCCUGGGAAAUCCUGAAGAGCAGCAUGACAGAUAUGGUUCAGGGAGGGGCAUGCACUCGCAUCACUUUCAUCUGCACCAAAACUGAUGAUAUGGAUCCCAAGACUUACAUGAGAUCAUUAAAGUCAAAAAAGUCAGUCUUUCUUUUUAACCAACAUUUUUUGUGUAUACUGAACAAUGAAGAUCUACAAAUCACAGCAGGCAAUGAGUCAGACAAAAAGCUUAAAUGCAUACAGCACAGGAAUAACAUGGCCAAGAAUCGUGUGAAACAAGAGUUUGAAAAACAGUUUCCACUCCAGAAAUAUUACAUCAGAAGCUUUUCAGUGUUUACUGUAAGUUCACAGGAGUUCUGCUCAGAGGAGCCAUAUCUGAAACAGGAGGACACAGAGAUACCAAAGCUGAGAGAGGUGCUGAGGAGGCUUAACCACAGUAACGCCAACAGAGUGGCCUCACAGUAUUUAACAAAUGCCACAGGCAUCCUGUCCCUCAUACAGACAUCCAAAGAUAACAACGAGGAGAUGAAUAUGGACAAAGCAAAGCUGCACAAUGAGCUGAGGAAGAAGCUGGACGAUGAACUGAAAUGUCUACGGUUUGAUCAUUUAGAGCCAUGUUACGAUGAACUGGAGAAGUACCUCUCAGAUGGAGUUAAAAAGUCAGAGAGGAAAUGUGCUGAAAUAACCAAGAAAAACGUGGAUGUACCAGUUGAAAAAAAUGGACGUGGAUACCAUCAGACACUAUCAGCCUUGUGCAGAAAUAAAGGUUACUUCAGGUCAAACGAUGGAGAAACAAGAGACCUGAACAGGUCUUUGGCUGAAAUUAUGUAUGAAAGCAUCAAUGAAAAGUUUAAUGCCUUGUUCCCAAAUAAAGGGGAAACUAGACUGUCAGUGCGGGAGAAGGUCAAACGAUUCAGUAUCUUCUCGAUCAGUGUCACUGAGGGCUACAGCAACCCUGCCGCAAUGACUCACAUUCUGAGGUUCUUAAAAGCUGAGGAAGGCAAACUGAAGCGUAUGAUAUAUAGAGAGAUUGCGCAACAAAAGAAGGAAAUAUAUGCAUCAAUCACAGAUACCAUCAAAGAAGAGAUGCUUCCUGGCUACAACAAGGCUGAAGAAUGUGUUGGAACGAGAUCCAUGUUGGUGAAGCAGAGAGUACUGAUACAACAUACUGAGUCACUGAAGCACACCAUGUUCAACAAAGCAAAGAACAGGAUGCUGGUUUCGUUCAGAAAUCUGACGAAACUUAUCGAGAUCAUGUUGAGAGAGAACCUACUGGAAGCUAUGGCUCAUGCACUGACUGAAUCCAACUUCCCGUUUAGCUUGGAUGUCAGCAUUGAAAUUGCAGCACUGGAGAUGUUAUCUGCCCUAACUGAUGAAUAACAGCGCCAAGAAUCUAUUGAAGAGUGGGUUUUUAUGUAGCCAUGCCAUAGAGUGUCAGAAAUAGAAAAACAGGCCCUGGACUCUGUAAAGGCUUGGCACUUAAAUGUUUUAAUAAUGUAAGAAUGUUAGAUAUAGAAAACAAGCCCUGGGCUCUGUAAAGCGCCUUGAGACAAUUGUAUUGUUUGGGCGCUAUAUAAAUUAAAUUGCAUUGAAUUAAAUUGAAAACAUGACCCAGUUUAAAAAUAAAUGUAGAUCCCGUUAGUAGAGUUUGCUUCAUUACAAGUGCAGAAUGAAGAGGCUGAAAAGUUGUCCUUUUUAGCUGAUUAUUACUCACUUUGGCAUUACAUAAUUAAAAUUCAGACGUGCUGUUGCAGUGAAUCUCUUUAAUGUAACUACUGUCUAUAAACCUACUGCCUAUUCAAUGGAUUAUGUAUUAUUUUCACUUUUCAUUUUAUGCUUCAUUUAACAUUUCUGUGCUCAAACGUUUUUUAUGCCAAUAUACACAUAGAUGUCAAAAUGGCGGCGCGCACAGAUGCGGCGGCUCCUUGCUUUCCAGGGUGGUGUUUUGUGUAUACCGUUUUGUACU